AUGAUGGAGGAUGAAGAGACCACAAACAGAGAGAGCUCAUUACUUCCUCAUGAAGCUGCCACGGGGAAGCCUCCUCCUGAUCCUCUUGCCGCCUCCUUGGAGAAAGUCGGGGCUCUCUCAGUUGAGCAUGCCAGGAGGAUGGUGCGGAGCACGGAGACGAGCCGCAGGUCGAGAGAGGGAGGCAGCGCGUCAGCGAUCAUGUCUCAGCUGUCCCUGGCGUCUGAGCAUGCGCGGGAGAUAGUCGGUAGCAUCCUCGACGGCAAGGCCAUGGGCGGCGAGGAGGCCCCGUCGUUUCAACGACCGCCCCAUCAGCUGUCUGACAGUCAAGCAUGCGGCUCUCCGACCCCUGAGGCGGAACUUCGCCCAUGCCAGGGAGGGGAAGGCGAAGCAUGGCAGGAUGCUGCGGGGAAGAGCUCUCCUCCGCUCAGCCCUGCACACACGAGGAUGGUCCCUGCGGAGGUGGUGGAGCAGCUGCAGAGGCAGCAGCAGCAGCGUCUUGAGGAGAUGGCUGAGGGCGCGAGGCAGUUGACACGGCAGAAGGACAAGGAGAUCAAGCAGCUCACUGAGAGCAUGCAAGCGAUGUUGAAGGAGGCUGCGGAGAGGGAGGAAACUGCGUUUCGGUGA